UUAAAGCGCAGAGGAAAGGCAUAGCUGCUGGUGGUCGAAGGGAACGGCGAACUCCCCGAGUAAUGUUGGGAGGAACUGUUCUAUUCGCAACAACGUGUAAGGAUUACAGCUACUCCUGACCCUGCAAGAAGUACUAUUUAUCAAAUGUGUUGUUCAUCAGCGUAAAGUGGACGCACAGCAAAGUGGAAUAGAGCGUUUUAUAGAUUGAAGAGCGGAUUUUAUUGCCAUUCUCCCAAAUCGCCAAAUGCAAGAUCAGCCGAGUUUCUGGACACUGGAGAUUUUCACUCGCAGCCGGCACGCAACGAGUUACUGUUACACACGCCUCCUGUGAUCAUUUAUUUAACUUUUAAUCCUUGAUAUCGUUCAGCAAUCUGCACAAUAUUAAACAAUCGAUCUCUCGAUAGCUAUCUGCACAUAAACUGAACAGCGGGUCUGAGCCCUAACUGUCAUUCCCUAACAACCCGCAGCUUCUCGCCAAACGCAAAUUAGAGACAAGCAUUUAACUCCGCACUUCAUCCAGUAACUAAAGUCACGUAUUCGUCUCAAAGCGAGAAAGAUAAAGGGAGAUGGGGGAGGAUGGAAAUAAGCGGCACGUAAGAAAGUACUGUAAGUGACUGAAUGGUAGUUCGGAGUUGGGGAAGCUGCAGACGUGUGCUUUAAAGGAGGUAGCUGGCGGCGGGAGCUUGCAUGUACUGGAUACAUAUAUAUUAAGACAAAGGUUAGCAGUGGGCUGAACAAGGUACUGAACUGAUGGCUCGCUUGCAUUUCUGAGAACACUUUCAGGCCACAUCCUUGGGUGAGCUGAUACCGUAGGGCUAGGGUUCCUCAUCUGAGUAUACUGAAUGUAAAUUUAAACCCAGAAUAAAAGGUUGCAGAUCGCGCCCGAGAUCUCUCCAGUCGUUCAACUGUUGUGAAUAAAAGUGAGCGGAAAGCUUGGCUCGCUGGAGAGAAGGGUCAGUGCCCAAAACUAAAUGGAUCUGAACUGGAAUGAUUAUUCGUACCGUUGGUUCGUACAGCACCCCGGAGUGUCAAAGUGCUGAAUCUACUUAAUGAAACAAAGCGGUUCAUUUUGAUGUGCCAGAGGAAAGCGGAGCCACAAUGAUUCCUACAACCUUGUACUUCAUCCUGCCCAUAAUAGAUACGGUAGUUCAGACUGCAGGUGUGAAUCCUCCCCCUGCCCUUACCCGCGUUGACUGUGUGAAGGCCAAUGAAUUAUGUACCAGUGACUCGGCCUGCAGCAGCAAGUACCGUAUCCUGAGGCAAUGCCUGGCCGGGAGCUCCAGCAUGGUCACCGGACCAGAAGCCAAGAACGAGUGCAUCAGCGCUAUGGAGGUAGUCCAGCAGAGCCCGUUGUACAACUGCAGGUGUAAGCGGGGCAUGAAGAACGAGAAGCGAUGCCUCCGAAUAUAUUGGAGCAUUCACCAAAGUUUCGUACAUGGGUUUACUAUCACAGGUCAUGAUCUGGUCGGUUCUCCCUAUGAGCCACUGAACAACAGACUCUCAGACAUAUUCCGAGCAGCGUCUAUCAUUUCAGGUGCAGAACGCAUUGGUCCAAAGGGAAACAGUUGUUUGGAUGGCGCCAAAGCUUGCAAUCUGAAUGAUAACUGCAAAAAAUUCCGAUCGAUGUACAUCUCGCCCUGCACAGCCCGUGUUUCUGCAUCGGAGAUCUGCAACCGAAGAAAGUGUCACAGAGCCCUGCGACAAUUCUUUGACCGUGUUCCUGCAAAAUACACCUAUGGAAUGCUGUUCUGUUCCUGUAGGGACAUGGCUUGCAUAGAACGGAGACGGCAGAUGAUUGUGCCUAUUUGCUCAUACCAGGAUGAUGAAAAGCCAAAUUGCUUGUCUUUGGCUGAAACGUGCAAGACAAAUUACAUCUGCAGGUCACGGCUUGCAGAUUUCAUCACAAACUGUCAGCCAGAACCUCGUUCCAUAAGUGGCUGCUUAAGGCAAAACUAUGCAGCCUGUUUACUUGCCUACUCUGGACUCAUAGGAACUGUCAUCACCCCAAACUAUAUUGAUUCCACUGGCAUCAGUGUGGCACCAUGGUGUACUUGUAAUGGAAGCGGGAACCAGAAGGAAGAGUGCGAUGAAUUCCACAAUUUUUUUAAGGACAACAGAUGCUUCAAAAAUGCUAUACAAGCAUUUGGUAAUGGCACCGAUGUGAAUGUUUGGCAAUUAAUGCCUCCUGUACUGACGACAGUAUCAUCGAAACAGAACUACACACCACAGCAGAAUUCUGACUCAGUAAACUACGGCAAUGAAAUUAACUCAGCAGAUGAUGACAGCAUCUUUCCUUUAUGUGCAAAUUUACAGGCGCAGAGAUUACAAACAAAUGUAUCACUGAAUCCAGACCUUUGUAUUAGAGAGACACAGAUCUCUACUUCAAAUGAUAAGGAGUUUGCUCCUGUACAAUCCAAAGAACAGACAUCUCCAGAGAAUUCAUCUGCUGGCAUUCCAGAAAUUCACAUCAGCACAGUGCUAUGGAUGGUCACCAUUGCACAGUCAACGCUCCCUUGCUUUUACUCAACAGAAACAUUGUAGUUGCAUAAAAGGACCUGUACAAAGUCUAUUCCCUGUUCAUUUUAUUUUCCAAAUGGUUGAACUCUACUAUGUGGAGGCACCUUGUUGAAACAGAUUCGUUGUAAUUGAGUGUUGGGUGGGGGUGGGGGCGUGGGGCAGGCAUCUUGUGAAUUAGGGCCUAUGUGAAACUUGAUGCAAUGCUACAUUCCAAACAGAAACCUUGUGGGCAUGUGGAAUUGACGGAUCAGAAUUUAAUUAUGGCUGUACAUAGUUUUGCCCUAGCUUUAAGCUGGGAACUUGUAAGCAGGUUACAUUGAACCCUGUACGCAUUGUCCAUGCAACUGCUUUAUUGAAUCUGACAAGUUACGUACAGCACAGCAGCGAUGUCACAUUAUCUCCUUUGACAUAGCUAUUGCUCAGCAAGUUUUCACCUGCAGGGUGGGAAGGCAUAGUUUGUUUCUUUCCCCCUCUUUUGUUUGUUGGAUUGCUUAAGAUGUUUUCAUCUUUUAUGGUAUAUUCAUAUCCCCUAAAUGUUUAUGUAAAUGCUCUCCACUCAAAACUGAACAAAACAUUACCCAUGUUAUGUCAGUGUAAUAGCUUUUACUUUUUCUUUAUCAACAAUUUAAAUGUGUAAUGUACUUAAGAUUCUUAAGCUGUGAUAUCUACAACUGCAAAAUUAAGGAAUCAUUUUAAAGUUAGCCUUAAUAAACAAACAUUUGUAUUCUUUUCAACUAAUGUCAUUAAUACAAGCACAUUGUCAGCAACGUUGUCAAAGCUGAAGAGCCCUAAUGAUGUAACAAAGUGUACUCUGGAUUUUUAGUGUUGUACAGCAAUUCUCUCAGUAUCACCAACCUUUUAGCUGGCAUGUUGGUAAACAGCCAGAGUUUUAGGGAAUAGUGGGGAUUCAAGCUCCUGAAGUCGACAGCUAAGCAGAAAUGAAGAGGAAGAAUCCCUCAGCUGUAACCAACAGUCACACUGAAAUAAUGGAAAAUAUAUGUCAUUUUACAA